GACGUGUGUGCGUGUAUUUGAAUAAUCCGUCUAGAGGCAGCGUGAGACUCGCUGGAGGCACAGAGUCGAUCAGCGCGGACCCGCAGCAGUGUGAACAGCCAUGAACAGCAUGAAGAGUCUGAUGAGAGGCGUGAUGCCCGCCCUGAGCCGUGCAGUGCAUUCUGGGACACGCACAUCCUCCUCGACGGCGUCCAGAGCCGAGCCUGCAGAGCGUGCGCUGACGUCAGAGGAGGUUUACACUCGCGAGGAUCGAUACGGCGCUCAUAACUACCACCCGCUGCCCGUGGCUCUGGAGCGAGGAGAGGGGGUUCACAUGUGGGAUGUGGAGGGCCGCAGGUACUUUGACUUCUUGAGCGCGUACAGCGCUGUUAACCAGGGUCACUGCCACCCGAAGAUCAUCGCGGCGCUGACGGCGCAGGCCUCGCGGCUGACACUCACCUCCAGAGCCUUCUACAAUGACGUGCUGGGUGUCUACGAGCAGUACAUCACCGGCCUGUUCGGAUACGAUAAAGUGCUGCCCAUGAACACAGGUGUGGAGGGCGGAGAGACGGCCUGUAAACUGGCUCGUAAGUGGGCAUACACUGUCAAGGGCGUCCCGAAAUAUGAGGCUAAGAUCGUGUUUGCAGCCGGGAAUUUCUGGGGUCGCACGAUGGCUGCUGUUUCCAGCUCGACGGACCCCAGCAGCUACGAGGGUUUCGGUCCGUUCAUGCCCGGCUUUGAGCUGGUGCCAUAUAAUGACGUCACUGCACUAGAGAAAGCACUGCAGGAUCCAAACGUGGCGGCGUUCAUGGUGGAGCCCAUCCAGGGUGAAGCAGGUGUGGUCGUUCCUGAUCCUGGUUACCUCACGAAAGUCCGGGAGCUUUGUACCAAACACAAUGUUCUGUUCAUUGCUGACGAGGUGCAGACCGGUCUGGCCCGCACUGGGCGGCGUCUGGCUGUGGACCACGAGGCAGUGAGGCCGGAUCUGGUGAUUCUGGGUAAAGCGCUGUCAGGAGGAGUGUAUCCUGUCUCUGCUGUUCUGUGUGAUGAUGAGGUGAUGCUGACCAUCAAACCUGGAGAACACGGAUCCACGUAUGGAGGAAACCCUCUGGCCUGCCGCGUCGCCAUCGCUGCUCUGGAGGUUCUGGAGGAGGAGCGUCUGGCUCAGAAUGCGGAUCUGAUGGGUCAGGUUCUGCGCACUGAGCUCAGCAAGCUUCCGCUGGAGAUCGUGAGCGGCGUCCGCGGGAAAGGCCUCCUGAACGCCAUCAUCAUCAAAGAGACCAAAGACUAUGAUGCCUGGAGGGUGUGUCUUCGUCUCCGUGACAACGGUCUGUUGGCAAAGCCCACUCACGGUGACAUCAUCAGACUAGCCCCGCCCCUCAUUAUAAAGGAGGAUGAGGUCAGAGAGUGUGUGGACAUCAUCAGCAGGACCAUCCUGUCCUUCUAAACCACUGGAAUCAUCAUCUGAGUGAUUUUCACCUGUAAUUCUUCAGAUUUUAGCCUGGUUUAUGUUUUUCAUGAGCUGUUACAGUCAUUCAGGUCAACACCGAGCCUGCCCGACACUCAUGGGGAUUUUUAGCGCUUUCAGAAUUAUGCUUGUUUAGUUUUUUUCAUUCUCAACUGAGCUUGAGAUUCUAGAAUAGUAGUUUCUCUCUGGAUGAAGGUCUGUUUUAGUUCUGAUGAAGUGUCAUGGACGCUGUGACGUUUACGGUUUCUUUCCUUCAGAGGAAGAUGAAUGAAGGUCACUGUCACAGUGUUUGAAACAUGUUUAAAAGUUUGACUAGAACUGAGUUUUUCUCCCUGUGAUGAGAGAAUAGUGCACUUUAAUCGCAGUCAUUGAUCAAACUGAAUUAUUCACAGCCACAUUCUGCUGCGCUUAUUAAUGAUUAUAAUUAUUAAUGCUUAUUAUUAAUGAGAAAUAGAACUUUGGGAAAACAGCAUUUCAAAAGGAGAGACUGUUUAGGAGUGUGUUGUAGAACGUUUAAUUAACGUUUAACGAAUGGAGCGUCUGCUCGCACAUCAGAUGAGGUUUUAUUUCUGUUCUUAAAUAAAUCUUCAGUCAGC